UGUAAGCAAUCAAUUGAGCCAGUUAUAUUUUAACAAUUACUAAUUUAAAAGAAAGCAAGUUGGUAAAAAACAAAGGCCAAGUAAGCAGCUCAACUUUUGCACAAGCUGCAUCUUCGAUAGCUAACACUAACAGAUUUUUACGAGCUUUGCUGUCUAUUUAAUGGAUGAAGAGUUACAGAAAUUGCAACAGGAUAUGCCCACAUUCAAGUGCGUGCUGCUGGGCGAUGGUGCCACUGGCAAAUCGACAUUUAUCAAAAAGCAUUUGACUGGCGAGUUUCAAAAGAAUUAUGUGGCCACGUCGGGUGUCAAACCUUAUGCCUUGGUUUUUAAUACGACGCGUGGUCCCAUUCGCUUCAACGUCUGGGAUACAGCCGGUCAGGAGAAGUUUGCUAGAUUCCAAGAUGUCAACUAUAUGGUAGGCCAGUGUGCCAUGAUCAUGUUCGAUGUAACAUCGCGUAUCACUUACAAGAAUGUGCCCAACUGGCACAAAGGCUUGCUGCGCGUUUGUGACAAGAUUCCCAUAGUGCUGUGUGGCAAUAAAGUUGAUGUUAAAAAUCGCAAAAUCAAGCCCAAGCAUAUUGUAUAUCAUCGCCAGGAAAAUUUGCAGUAUUUUGAAAUUUCUGCUAAAUCGAAUUUGAAUUAUGAGAAGCCAUUUCUUUGGCUCGCUAGCAAGCUGAUUGGCGAUCCAAAUCUAGCAUUAGUUGAAAUGGCGGCGCUGCUUCCGCCUGAGAUAAAAUUAGACAAAGACUUGCAGCUGGAACUUGAUCGCGAUAUGAAAAGAGCGCUACCCCCAUUGCCCGAUGAGGAUGAUGAGCAGUUAUAAGCAAACGUUUUGUAAGAAAUUUGGCUAUAAACAACAUUAGAAUAAUUACAACAAAAAAACAACAAGCUUAAGCUGAAGCAAAUGAGUCUAAAAACAAUUAAUUUAUAAA